AUGAUAUCUUCUGGCUCCGCGAUUCGGCUGUUCAUUACGUCGGAUUCCCAGCCAUGGUCCUACGGCCUGAAGGGCAAUUCCGCCAAAGCUCCCCGAUUCGAAACUGUACCCGAUUUUGAUAAGACCCAGCACUCGCUGUUCCCUAUCCACGUGUACAUCGACAAAGCUGGUUUUGUGUGGGUCAAUCUGCAGGCCGGUGAGACGGAUGUGAAAUGGGAAGACGAGUACGAGAAGGUUGAUGAGGACCCUCGAAUGCAGGAUUUUGAUUUUACUGCCGAGUUCAAGUUCGACCAUUAUUGGGAGAUGGAAUUGGAUGCGAAUUGGAAGGGUGUCAUUGAGAAUUAUAAUGAGUGCUACCAUUGCGCUACUUCUCACCCGCUUAUCAACGGCGUUUCAGAUUUGUCAAGGUAUCGGGUUGAGCCCAAGGCCCGGUAUAUGGAGCAUCAUAUCUUCAAUAAGGUGGAUGCUGAUAGCCAGUUUCGUCGGACGAUUACUUACUUCUAUCCUACCGCUUCUGUUAUGGUGACUGAUAAAUUCUUCUAUAUCCAACGCAUGAUUCCUGUAUCGACUACUUCGAGCAAGAUUGAGAACGAGGUAUACCGCCACCGAGAUGCCACCGAUGAAGAAUUCGAGAAUAUCAACGCAUUUUACAGGCAGGUUCUCGACGAGGACAAGUAG